GGAGGCCAUGGAUUGGAGUCGGGAUCUCGUUCGGGUGCUCGGAGAGAGGCGAGUAUGGCGCAGCGGAGGGCGGCGGCGGGGCGGCCGUCCGGAACCGACGGCUCCGACUUCUCCUACCGCAUGGUCGUCGACCCCAGGUAUACCAAGGUGGCCGAAGGAAAGUCUCGUCUCCGGAUCCUGAUCGCUGCCCAGGGUGUCAGUUUGGUGUUGGCCUCUUUAUUGGUGUUUUUGGCUGCGUCACAAGAAAGGAGCUUUGAUAAUUUUGCUAUUAUAACAAUUUCAAUUGGAUUCAUAUCUCUUUUAAUUGGAGAAAUAGGUCAAAGGCGUAGCCAUGUGAAUUUGUUGAGGUUGUAUGUCAGUGCAUCAUCUAUUGCAACUGCACUUUCAGUUGCCUGUAUCAUUCGGAGCAACUUGUUCUUUGAGGUUAUUCAGCAUCAGAGCAUAGCAGGUGCCAAAACAUAUGAGCUGGUUGAGGCUGCUCGCAUUUUAUUUGGUAUUUUGCUGCAAGUUUUUGUGAUUAUCACAACUAUCAGCCUGGUGCACAACAUGUCACCAAAAAGAGCUUCCUGAGCGCAAUCUUGGCUCUCUAAAUAUUUACGUUGGUUCACAAAAACAUGAAGAUGUUGUGCCAAGCACUAAAUCCUGUUUGCAGAUUUCUAGUCUCAGAAUCAGGGUUCCAUCUGUCUGAAACUCAUAUGCUGACCAAAGAAUAUUGUACUAUAAAGAUUUUGUAUCUUCUCUACAUCAUUUUCAAAUUUCUGAAACAGAUGUGCUUGUUCUCCCUGGUUUGAUGAAGUUUUGAGUAAACAAUAAUUAAGUUAUUGUAA